UUGCUCCUCGGAAGAUCUCACCGGUAGCCGGUAGCCGGCCGUAGCCAUGAGCGAGAAAGAAUGCUUCAAGUGUGGGCGCUCUGGCCACUGGGCCCGGGAAUGUCCUAAUGGAGGAGCUCGAGGGAGAACAGCUAGAACCCGAGGCAGAGAUCCGCAAUGCAGUUCCACCACCCAGUCUGACAUCUGUUACCGCUGCGGUGAAGCCGGACACUAUGCCAAGAACUGCGACCUCCAGGACAUCUGUUACAACUGCGGGAAAAGUGGCCACAUCGCCAAAGACUGCCGCGAGCCUAAACAGGAGAAAGAGCAGACUUGUUACACCUGCGGCAAACCAGGCCACCUGGCUCGAGACUGUGAUCAUCGGGCAGCGCAGAAAUGCUACACUUGCGGCGAACCUGGACACAUCCAGAAAGACUGCCCCCAAAUCAGGUGCUACCGCUGUGGCGAGAACGGCCACAUGGCCAUCAGCUGCGAUAAGGCAAGUGAUGUCAACUGCUACCGAUGUGGAAAGCCCGGACAUAUAGCCAGGGAAUGCCCCUUGGAAGACUAAGCUUACCUCAACCCCCUGGUCCACUCUCCACGCCGAUUAGUCGUAUUUUCUCUAAAACCUGUUCGCUGAUCAAAAGGUUGAUAGGUGGAGGCUACCCUCAAGAUCAGCAAGCUGUAACUGCUGCGUUAAAAGAGGAAAGGGCUGGACAAAAUAUCAAAAAAGGUUAUUACAGUUAAUGUGCUGUUUCUCCACACCUAAGAAGUCCAGAUAGUGACUUGUCAUUCAAAGUGCUAUACAAAUCCGGGUUCUUUGGGUGUAUUUUGAUGGGACACACUCCAUUAGAAGUUGCCAUCCAACAAAUCAGAAAGACUUUUAGAACACAGCCCUUGAAUCUGUUAAAAUAUAUAGCAUGUCAGAUAAAGAUAAAU